AUGGCGACGCAGACAGCAGCGUCUUGGUUCUGCUACCGUGCCCCCCUUCACCUUUGUACGAUAUUCAGGACGCCAGAAGAAGCGAUACCGCUCAUGCCCUCAUGGCCUACCAUGUGCUGCAUCUCUGGUCCUCGUCGCUAUUCCUUUGUCUUCCCAGGCUCCGCUCCUUUUUCUUUCCUCCUGGCUGUCGAUCUCUUCGCCCUCCUCACGUGCACGUCAGGUGACGGCGCCGCCGGAACAGCUUUGGCACAUGCAGCAUGCAGCUUGAGCUUGAAGUGCUCAUCGUUCCCUGCUUGGGGACUCAGCCCAUCGAGAUACAAGCUGGGGACUCAGCCCAUCGAGAUACAAGCUGAGGAUGUGCUUCCCUUGGGCGUCAAGCUGGACAGGGAUGGGAGGAAGAACGUGAACGGGGCGGCGAGCAUGCUCAUGAGUAGAAGGAGCAGGACGAGGGUGGAGAUCGAGGGGUUGGAACCAAUCACUGACUCGAGCUACCACAAGUGGGCCACGGUGCGAGAAAUCACAAACUUCCCCUUCCCCUUCCACGUUCAGUUCGACAGCGAGGUGCCAACGGUAGGAGGAGGGACGGUUGAGGAAUUCGUGCUGCUUGGAGAGCUGGUUGUUGCCAGGAACAAGAUCAGCGAGCAGAGGGUGGCUGCUCUCCUCGUCACUGUGAGCCCCCUCCUCGUCCGUGUCCUGGACUUGUUCACUGCUCGUCCUAUUCCCCGUGUCUGUCUCCGACUCACGAGCCUAUCGGGCGACGACCUCUUCCUCUAG